ACCCCCUCAUCGCUUAUCUUAUCUCCAUCUCCAGCCCCUCUCUACAUCUCACCCUCACUCUCCUAUCCUCUCUGUCCCUCUUCAGUCUUAGCCCAGCAACCUCCAGUUACAGAGAUGGCCGCCAAGGAUCUUUUGAAAGCUGAUGAUAUCAAGAAGGCUCUUGAUGCCGUCAAAGCCGAGGGCUCCUUCGAUCAUAAGAAGUUCUUUGCUCUGGUCGGUCUGAAGGCCAUGUCUGCUGAUAAUGUCAAGAAGGUGUUCAAGGCCAUUGAUGCUGAUGCAAGUGGCUUCAUUGAGGAGGAGGAGCUCAAGUUUGUACUCAAGAGCUUCGCUGCGGACGGCAGAGACCUGACCGACGCGGAGACCAAAGCAUUCCUCAAGGCCGCCGACAAGGAUGGAGAUGGCAAGAUCGGCAUCGACGAGUUCGAGACUUUGGUCCACGAGGCGUAAAGGAUACCCCUUCGUCCACCCCCCCUCCCCCUCCCCAUGAUUAUGUUUUUAACUGCAGUGUCCCCUGCCAUGCCUCCCCCCUGCCCAACCCACCACCUAAACCGCACCAUCGGCCCCCCGGGUGAAGUCCCCCUUAGGUGUAAAUUCAGGGUCAGCUUCUCCUCCCCGAUACCAUCGUUCAUUAACAGCGGGGUGAAUGCCGACUGACCCGAAGGUCUGCGUCUAGGGGCGACCUCACCCUCUUGGCACCGUGCAGGCUGUUCCGAAGAUGCCCACCGGCGGCGGAGGUAGAGGGGGGACAAACCCAACAACCACCCGAUCACGUACCCAACACUACUAGGGUUGCAUAUUUCUGGUAACUUUCCCCACAAUUCCCCACAGUUUUCCCCAGACGUCCCGCUUGGGAAGGUCCUGGAGUUAGGAAUGAUAAUGUAAGAGAACCUGGGAAUUCCCCAAACAGGAAUUUAUGAAAAACUGGGGGGGGAGAGUCUG